AUGGCCCAACCAUCUGGAAAUGGCCGCUCCGGCGCUUACAACAUGACCAACAUGGCAAAUGCCCUCCCUCAGCAACCCGGCAAUUUUCGACCUGUGGGCUAUCCUCCCGUACCUCAGCAGCAGCGAUACAACUCUUCUACGCCAUCUACGGCCAUGAUGACUCCACCGAUGAACACUCAUUACGCACCUCAGCAUGUGAUGCCAAUGCAGGGUCAGCAUUUUUAUAUGCCGCAGCAAACGCACCAUUUCUACGGCGGACCGCACUCGCCGAUGCAGCAGCAGACACGACCUAAUAUUGCUUUCUAUCCGAACCACAUGGCAUUGAAUCAGCAGCAUAGUCAAAUGACACCUGCCUAUUUUUACCCACAACACAACGCUAACUUUCAACAUCAUCAAGCCAUAUCCCAGUCCAUACCGUCUGGCCAGUAUUACGGCGGAGGUGAGAUGAUAGAAUCUGGCGACGAAAAUAAGGCUGGAAUUGUCCGAGGUCCCCCUCGCAAGCCACGACAAAGUGGUAAGCUAUUUUUUCAGUCGUCUAAAACACUAUCUGACUAUCCUGAGGCCAUGCUAUUUGGAUAG